CAACACUAUUAAACAAUCCACAAUAUGAUUAAAGCUACGAAAAUUUUAAAGAAACCUUCAGCUGAUUUUUACAAGUCUAAAUUAAAAAUGAAAACUAAUGAAAAACUCGAUCAACAGCAACAACCAGUAAAUGGAUCCAGUGAUUCCUCCGAUCAACAGCAACCUUUGAAAAGUUUUAGUUUAAAAGGAAAUCAAUUAAGUGGCAGUAUAUUAAUUGGAAAUUAUAAUUAUUUGACCCAAUUGGAGGUGAGUGAAAACGAAAUGGAAGUUUUGGAUUUAAGUUCUUUGGCACAAUUGGAGACCUUAAAGUGCAGUCAUAAUAAGUUGUUGGAAAUAAUGUUGAACGGCAGUAAUUUAACAUCAUUGAUUGCCGAUUCUAAUUGUAAGUCUUCACUCCAUCAAAUAUCACCUAUUCCCAGCAAAUUAUAUCAUGUCGAUAUAUCAAACAACUAUUUCACCGAAUUACCCAAAUGGCUUAACGAGUGUGAAAUGUUGGAAACGCUCAAUGCUUCUCACAAUCAAUUACAAAAAGUAACCGAAUUUCUGCUCACAAGUAAGACAAAAAAAUUACGUGAUCUUAAUUUGGCCUACAACAAUUUGAGGAUCAUUGAAAGAUUACCGGAACGUUUUGAAAUGCUGGAGAAGCUACAGUUGCAUAGUAAUGAAAUACAACUAUUAACCGACAAUUUAUUUGCCAUAACAAGACAAUCAUUGAAAUAUUUAAAUCUGUCCUGUAAUAAAUUACAAAUUUUACCUCCUGUGGUAGAGGAGUGGACGGAACAAGAUUUUGUGCUGGAAAGAUUAUUUGUGACCAGUAACAAUUUAGAUGAUCGCAUAUUUGAGGUUUUAAAACAGGCUAAAAAUUUAAAGAUUUUAUAUGCUGCUUACAAUAAGAUUACUGGAAUAAUGGAUGAGUGUUUAAAGGAGUUAAAGGAUCUGGAGGAAUUAAUGUUGUCGGGCAAUUUAUUGCAACAGUUGCCCGAUAGUGUUUGCAAUUUGAGACAAUUGCAGGUUUUAAGGGUCCAUUCUAAUCUAUUGUUGUUUACACCGCCCUUAAGUAAAUUGACAUCUUUAAAGGUCUUAGACUUGGCUCAUAAUCAUUUAGAUCAUUUGGACUUGAUAAGUGUAGUGCCUCAAAAUCUAAAAUAUUUGGAUUUAUCUUGUAAUCUACAACUUCAGGUCGAUGAGAGACAAGUGCAAAUGUGUCGUACUCAAAGAAAAUGGAGCUUGGUAGAUGUAUCGGGUAAAAAUCGUAUAAAUUUACCCACGAGAAAAGCAGAGGGUCAUCAAAAAGAAACUUGUGCUGCAAAUCAACAAACACAUAAACCACCUUGGUUGUUGGGGUUUUCAGAGACCCCAGGAAAAUGUCGAAAACUUUUGGUGACCCAACUAAGAGAAUGUAAAUUUCGUAAUGACGAGGCUUUACUUGGCAUGUUUGUUAGUACAUCCUCACAUGCUUCAGCAGCUUCGAAAAUGGCUCAAAUGAUGCCCAAAUUACUGCAGCAGGAGAGAUGUGUUAAAGAGAAUAUAGGAGAGUAUAUGAAAUAUACACUCUUGGCGGCUCAGCAAAAAUUAAGCGAUCAACCUUUAGGGGCCGCCAUAUUAUGUCAUAUUUCCAGAGAAAAUACUCCACUCAAAGAUAUGGUGAGACCCCAGAAAACAAAACGUUAUGUACUGAGAGUAGCCAGCAUAGGUAAUGCGGGAGCUUAUUUGAUUAGAAGAACUAGUAAUGUGGAACUGGUGUCAAAACAAAAUAACUCCUAUUUAAAAAUGCCCUCGUCUGCUCUUAGUCUUAAAGAUCCUUGUAUUGCCGAGUGUGUGCUGGGCAACGACGAUGAAUAUUUGAUUAUUUGUAAUCAAGGCAUAUGGUCAGUUUUAGAUGUCGAUCGAAUGGCUCGUGAAAUACGUAAAGAGGAAAAUGUGGUUCUGGCGGCCAAGCGGGUGCAAGAUAUUGCACAAAGUUUUGGUUCGAAUGAAAAUCUUAGUGUAAUCGUUAUAAGAUUCAAAAAUAUUGGCACAGAUGUGGACUAUCUAAUAAAAGAGCUUAAACAGACUGUGCGCCGAAAACCUCAAACAUUGACGAGUAAUUCGGCUCUACUGCCGAAUGUUUGCAAACGGGCGUGUUGUGAUCGUAAUACAAAUUGUCGCCAUCGUUUGGGAUCAACGCGUCAAAUUGCUGCUAUAGCAGCUCGUGGAAGUGAUCGUUCCUCGCCUAGUGGUCAAAGUGAUCAAGCUUUAAGCUUAAUAAAUCAUAAAACAGACAAUGACAAUGAAUAUAUCUUAGCUCAUGCCCGAGUUUUGGAAGAAACCACCGAAAUGGAAAUGUUAGAUGAAACCGACUCCGUUCUAUCCGAAGAACAAUUUAAGUGUUGGGAAUAUAUGCUGGAACAAAAUACCCAAUUACUUUUUGACAAAGAACUCAAUACCAUCUCUAAAUCGUUUACCAAAAAUCGUAAUUCUGAACGUAAAUCUACAAAUCGUUCCCCGGUCGAACGUUAUGAUUACAAAUCGAAUUUAUUGAAAUCGAAUACUCAAAAAUUCAUUUCCACCAGUUCUCCCCAAUUACUCUAUUCGGAGGUUAAGAAACCCUCUAUAACCCAAACACACAAUCACAACCAUCAGCCCACCUCUCAGCAGCAACAGGUUUCGUUUCUUUCAAAACACUUCGGUAGUUCACGUUCUUUCGGUGCUGCUUACAAUUUGUUUUCCGAUGCCAAAAGUCGUGACUCCUUGGCCAGUGCUGUAGGCUAUUCAAAAUUGGGUGGCGGUCCAAAUGCUGCAUAUUUUGGCUCAUUGCAACGUCUAAUGCCAUACAAUUUGGAAUGUGAUUUUGCUGUUACCCAGGAACGUUCGUUUUUGGAUGAGGAUGAUGAUGACUUGGAUGAGCAUGAGCAUCGUAUGCGUAAAUAUUGGGGUGUUGCAACUACAGAGUUGUAG